AAAAAAAAAAAAGGAAAUUGACGUUUUGCCUCCUUCACCAAAAAAAAAAGAUUGCGUGAGCCAUCUUUGCUUUGUCUAAGCUCGAUUCGAUUUAGUUCUUCCUCCUCUGGGAUCGAAUCGGGUUCCGAUUCAUGGCGGAAUUGAGUCAAACCGAUUUGGUUUACUCUCCUCGUUCGAUUCAACUAUGGAAUGUAUUUGUGAACUGGCUCGAUUAUUUCUACGAGUUCUUUCUUAAGAUCCUUGGUGCCGUUGGUCAUCAUUCACUUCUAUCUACCUCUCCUUCCAACAAGGAUGGUUUCAAACCUUUGUCUGUCAUCGAUUUACCGGAGAUUACGGCCGAACCACCUCUUUCCGUUGAAAUCGCCUCCGCGAGAACCUCUACUGAACGCCAAGUCAGCACCAUCCAGAAACUUACGGUAGUUCUUGACUUGGAUGAGACACUAGUGAGUGCCUAUGAGACUUCUAGUCUACCUGCUGCAUUACGUAAACAAGCUAUUGAAGCUGGCUUGAAAUGGUUUGAGCUGGAGUGCGUUUCUUCAACCAAGGAAUGUAAUGGGAAGCCUAAAACAAGUUACGUAACAGUGUUUGAGCGUCCAGGAUUGCACGAGUUCUUAGAGCAACUCAGCCAAUUUGCUAAUCUUAUUCUUUUUACUGCUGCUCUCGAAGAUUAUGCUAGACCUCUUGUGGACAGAAUAGACACACAACAUGUAUUAAACCAUCGGCUUUAUCGUCCUUCUACAGUCACCACGCAAUAUCGAGAUCAUGUGAAGGAUCUGUUAUGCGUAUCAAAGAAUAUGUAUAGGACUGUUAUUGUCGACAACAAUCCUUUCUGCUUUCUAUUACAACCUUUAAAUGGGAUUCCAUGUGAUUCAUUUACCGCAGAACAGCCAAAUGAUACUCAGCUACUAGAUGUUGUUCUUCCACUACUUAAGCAACUUUCAGAAGAAGAAGAUGUAAAACUAGCGCUUUACGAUAGAUUUCACAUGCCUGAAUGGUUUGAAAAGCAAGGCAUACCACUGUCUUACUGGACAUCAUCAUCACAGGUUGGUUUGUAUCAGCACGUUGGCUUACUUGUAAUAAUGGAGUCGACUCAUCUUCAAACUCAACCUCAUCAUCUGUAUCGUCUUCUUCGGGUGCUUGAGCUUGGCUUAUGUGCAUCAAUAUCCUGGCUGCUAUGACAACUUCUGCGUCUUUUUCUUUUUGUUUGAAAACCAUGAUUUCUCUGCGUUCUCCCUAUCUUACCUUAAGGAACAGUCAAUGUUUUUAAGAUUCCCAAAUGAUUUCAUUCCAUUGGUGGCAUAUCCCCAGAAACCAAACCCGUAUGAUCAAACCUAGGUGCACCACAUGGGAGAUGACAAAGAGUGAAAGAUGUAUAAUCGAAUGCCAAGGAAAUGCAAGGAAUUGAUUAACCCAAAAUUCAAUGGCAAAUAGCAACGAGCAUCACAAAUUACGUUCGUAUACCAUUAUAGAGCAAGGUGAAAUAGAAGAAACCGGAAUAUUAUGAAUAGCAUCUAACCUACUUAGGUGAAGACAAAUACACAACCAAGAAACAUAUAUAAAGAACGAGGAAUCCGAUUGAAGACGAAAUAACAAUAGAGGAUGAAAAUAAUACCAUAUAGAUAUAAUAUAAUAAUUUGGGUAAAAUACUAGUAAAUUAAUAUUUCAAACUCAUGUUCAAAGAUAUAUAUCCUCACGACUUCAAAUUAUGUAUGGGAUUAUCAUCUUACAUUAGAUUUUUACAUAUUGAAAAAAAUAUAAACUCUAUAAAUUACAUUUU